AUGUGGCUGUCCUCAGCUCUGCUGCUUCUCAGUUUCCCAGGCUGUCUCUCCAUCCAAGGCCCAGCAUUGGUGAGAGGCCCAGAGAAGGGGUCGGUGACUGUGCUGUGUCGCUAUAGCUCGAGAUGGCAGGGCAACAACAAGUGGUGGUGUCGCGGAGCAAACUGGAACACUUGCAGGGUCCUCAUUCGAACCAAGGGGUCGGAGAAAGAAAGGAAGAUCGGCCGCUUGUCCAUCAGGGACAACUGGAGGGACAACUCGCUCCUGGUUACCAUGGAGAUGCUCAAGCAAAACGACACCGACACUUACUGGUGUGGUAUUGAACGAUUUGGAACUGACCGCGGGACCAGAGUUAAACUGACCGUUUACUCAGUGGGAAAAGAUACCAUGUCUUCUUCUAAGCUACUUUCUGCUAUGCCCACUGUGGACAGCAAUGCAUACAUGAUGUCUUCUGACUUGCACAAGAGGACCCACUACAUACUCCUGGUGUUUGUGAAGGUGCCUAUCUUGCUCAUCUUGGCUGGUGUUGUCCUCUGGCUGAGGGGGUCAACUCAGAAGGUCCCUGAGGAACACUGGAGAGACACUCUCUGUAGCAGUUUGGACUCUGAACCUCUGGCCAAAGACAUUGAUCCUUAG